UAGAUUUUGAAGUUCAAAGGGCUCCUACUAAUGAAAAUUCCCCGAAAUCCUCCGAAGCAUGACGUGCAUUGGCAUAGCCACGCUGCUCCGUGAGAUUGCGAUUAAGCUAUAUGUUAUAUCAGGUAAUCGAAUUGGGUUCCUCUAUAUUUUACCUGUUAUACGUAAGUGUGGUUUCAUACUUGUUUCGGCACAAGAACAGUCCCGGUCCCGAAUGUGUCUAAGCUCUAGAUAGCAGUCUCGGCACGGAACUUACAUUUACCGGC